AUGGUGAUGUUAUUCAAUGGUAUGACAGCCUUGAGUCCAGCCAUGGAAUUCCAACCUGGAAUGAGCCUCAAUCUUGAGAUUCGUCGUGAAGUAAAGGUGUCUAGACCCCGAAAAAUAAGAGCAGCAACCUCUCUUGCUCAAAUGCAUGAGGAAAAAAUCAAUGAUGGUCAUCAACAUGCUAAGCCCAUAAAUAAGUUUCCAUCUGAGCCGAGUGCUGCUUGUUCUCGAAAUACACCAAAGCGGCUUUCUGAAGCAUAG